AUGGCAUCCGAUCACGUUUUGGCCGAGAUUCAGUUCUUGAAAUGGACAGACUUAUAUCUUUCCGAAAAGCCAUUUCAAUUGUUCCUUGAUUAUGACAUUCCAGUCGACUUGCAAGAUCAACGUACGACGAACUUAAACUUCGAGGACAAAAGAGUCUUUGUUGAAAACAUGAGAGGUCGCGAAAAGCUGUUUGAAUUGGAUAAACAUGGAUUUCUCGUUCGGGAUUUUGCAGUCCCAGUUCCCUUGCAGGGUCAGAUCAUAGAUGAGGACACUGUGAUGUCGACUUACGUUCCAGCUGCGGAGAAGCUACUACGAACUGAAGUUAUCGGAGUGGACCGUCUAUUCCUUCUAGACCGGAGGGUGAGUGCUAGAUCGGCUGCCGAGCGUAUGGACGACAUAACCUCUAUUGAUCUUCUAGAUCGAUCUCAAAGACUAAAGCCUGCGAGCUCUGCGCAUGUUGACCACACAGCUGUAGCAUCUAUCAAUCAUGUCCUUCGAGAAUUCCCCGACGAAGGUGAACAUCUUCUGCGUGGUCGAGUCAGGAUCAUCAAUGUUUGGUUGCCACUGAGCCACACUGUGAAAGAUUGGCCACUUGCACUUUGUGAUGGGAGCACCAUCUCACUAGAACAUGACCUCGUUGAUACUGAUAUCGUGCGACGAAGCUACCAAGGUGGAACUAUGUAUAUGCUACAUAGAGCAGUCCAUAAAUGGUACUUUCUCGAAGACCAGAAAACUACAGAGGCUUUCAUCUUCAAACAAUUUGAUCUCAUGGAAGUUGAGGCUCGAGUCUGUCCACAUGUCUCAUUUAAACAGAGUGAUGCUUCGGAAGACAUCCUACCAAGAGAAUCAUUGGAGAUGAGAUUCAUUGUGUUCACAAAUCCCUCUUGA